AUGGCUCGCAGUCGCCGCGAAAAGAAAAGGGGCCCAACUCCUCGACCAUCCGCCAGGUCGUCGUCACGCUCGCCAUCCUUAUCGGAUUCCUCCGUCGUUCAACAUGCAUCCGUCCUCAGCGAGCAUACAGACGCUUUUGGGCCCUCUGUGUCGCGUUCUGGGUCUCCGAUGCGACUCCACCCGGACACACUCGAGUCCGAUCACACUGUGACGUGCCAAUGGGAGGGAUGUGGUAGGGUGUUCCCCCAUCUUCCACCCUUAAUCGAACACAUUCGUAAUGAUCACGUUGACGUGCAAAAGUCCAGUUAUACCUGUGAAUGGGCUGGGUGCCAGCGCGGCGGGGCUCAGCAAAUCUCACGGUCUGCCCUCAUUUCACAUCUCAGGUCACACACGGGUGAAAAGCCUUUCGUCUGCUCCGUUCCAGAAUGUGACAAGUCAUUCGCCCGCCCCGACUCCCUUCACAAGCACCUACGCAACCAGCACAACAUUUCACCACCACCACCAGCCAGGGGAGGUUCCCGAAAACGAAAACGAGCCACUGAAGACGACGCAGGUCCAUCCGCACCUCCACCCCCUGCGCCCUCUCCCGCGCCAACCAACAACGCUGGCACAUUCAACACCUUCAAGGUCGAAUCCCACACACCCUCCGAGGCCGUAUUUGAAGAUCCACAAUCUGGAGCUGGGGCGACCCAGCACGAGUUUCGACAAGAUGAUUUCACCCCUCACCACUUGUCACAUCCGCUCCGACAGCGGAGUGAGAACCAGAAUCAAAACCGUGCUCCGACGAAUGGGGUCCACCGGUCAGCGUCGCCAGCAGGUCUACCUCCAGGGGGAGAUGAAGAUGAAGGAUACACAUCUUCGUCGUCCGACACCCUUCCAGCGCACUUGCUUCCUCAUCGAUCACCCACGACGGGCUUGGUGCUUGGCCGCUCGCCGGCGAUGGUGAUGUACCUCCUGAUGAAGGCCAAGCAUCGGUACGCCUUGGAACAGCACGAAGAGCUGAUUGAGCAGUUGAGGGUGAUGAAGAAGGAAAAGGAGAGGGAGAAGGAACUAAAAGAGGAGGCGCUGGAUCAGUUUUUCCGGGCUAUAGCUGGCCGUGACGCGGAACAGCUGAUGUUCAUCGCACAACCCGUUGAAUCUGGGUCACACAUCCCUAUCGUAGGGCCCCCUUCGGAGGGUGGUGGUCCACCCUUUGAGCAGAGUUAUUUUGGGAGUAUACCGAUUACGAAUGGCAACGGACGGUCGUGA